GAUAGAUUGAGGAUUCAUUUUCUGCAAUCCUUAAUUAACAAUGAACGCCCAUUUUUUCUUAUUUUUUUCAAUUUUGUCAGGAGGCUCUUGCUCUGAGGCAGAACACAGGUUGUUCUCAGUGAUUUUCUCCAGCUACAAUCAGUACAUCCGCCCAGUGGAGAAUGUGUCUGACCCAGUUAUCGUGCAGUUUGAGGUGUCCAUGUCCCAGCUGGUCAAAGUGGAUGAAGUUAACCAGAUUAUGGAGACAAACCUGUGGCUGAGACAUAUCUGGAAUGACUACAAACUGAGGUGGGAUCCCAAAAACUUUGGAGGAGUGGAGUUCAUUCGAGUGCCUUCUAGCAGGAUAUGGAAGCCAGAUAUCGUGCUGUACAAUAAUGCAGUAGGAGAUUUCCAGGUGGACGAUAAGACCAAGGCCCUGCUUCGCUACAAUGGGGAUGUGACCUGGAUCCCUCCGGCCAUCUUCAAGAGCUCUUGCAAGAUCGACGUCACCUACUUCCCCUUCGACUACCAGAACUGCACCAUGAAGUUUGGCUCCUGGACGUACGACAAGGCCAAGAUAGACCUAGUACUGAUUGGCUCCACCAUCAACCUCCAUGACUUCUGGGAGAGUGGCGAGUGGACGAUCAUCAACGCCCCGGGUUACAAACACGACAUCAAGUACAACUGCUGUGAGGAGAUCUACACAGACAUCACCUACUCCCUAUACAUCAGACGGCUGCCUCUCUUCUACACCAUCAACAUGAUCAUCCCCUGUCUGCUCAUCUCCUUUCUCACUGUGCUGGUCUUCUACCUGCCUUCUGACUGUGGGGAGAAGAUCACCCUCUGUAUCUCCGUCCUCCUCUCCCUCACUGUGUUCCUCCUGGUCAUCACUGAAACCAUCCCGUCUACGUCGCUGGUCAUCCCCCUCAUCGGGGAGUACCUCCUCUUCACCAUGAUCUUCGUCACCCUCUCCAUUGUCAUCACCGUGUUCGUGCUGAACGUGCACUACCGCACGCCCAAGACCCACACCAUGCCGUGCUGGGUGCGCAGCGUCUUCCUGGGGCUUCUACCCAGGGUCAUGUUCAUGACCCGGCCGGAGAGGGACCCUGAGAGGCUGCCUGAGCCUGGGGGGGUUGUUCAGCAGCUGAUGCCCCCAGCCUCGCGGCCCUGUGUGGUCCACACCACAGGAGCCCUGCAGGGGCAGCAGAAGCCCCAGGCCCUGGUCUCCACCGUGGCUGCCAGUGUGCUCCCAAGCCUGGCCCAGCGACAGCGCCUCUUCAUCAGCACGGAGCUCACCAACCUGAAUAACCUUAGCCUUGGUGGUGGUGGUGACUCGGUCAAUGCGGGCUCCAGCUUCCUGUGUCGCGAGGGCCGCUGCAACUGCUGCUGGCGCCAGAGGUCCACCAAGCUGCCCACUGAGACGGGAGGAGGGGGUGGUGGGGUAGGGACCCACAGUGGAGGAGGGGCUGCUGGAAUUGGGGGGGUCUGUGGAGGCGGUGGAAGCUCCUGCUCCAGCUCAGAGUCUUUGGAUGGCAGGCUGAUGACCCUGUCCCCUCACUUCUCACCGGAGGUCAGGGAGGCCAUGGAAAGUGUCAAGUACAUCGCCGAAAACAUGAGAAUACAGAACGAAGCCAAGGAGGUCCAGGACGACUGGAAGUAUGUUGCCAUGGUGAUCGACAGGAUAUUCCUGUGGGUGUUCAUUUUGGUGUGUAUCCUGGGGACCGCUGGGCUCUUUAUCCAGCCCCUCCUAUUGUUUGAUAUGUGACCCACUCAUACACACAGCAAUUGCACAGUGACUGAGUGUUUUAAAUCAUACAUAUACAGUCAUGUUGUGUAUCACCCAGUGAUGCGGACCAAAGAAGCUGAGACGAACCAAUACUGUGAACGGAAGGGAACCAGAUUAAGGAGGAAGGCAAGCUGCUGCCAGCUGUUCCAUGUCACUUCUCUGUAUGUAGAUACGUUUCUGAUUGCUAAAGUGUGGUGUCGUAGUGAUCUCUUAGUUGCUAAGGACCAGACUCUGAAACCAUGGCAACGUGUAACUCUGUACUGCUGCCUACCCAUUCCCUUAUGUUUGCUCUGUGUAAAUGACUUUAUCAUAGUGUCACUUGAUUAUGACUGGCACAAAGAACCACACUAUCGUUAACAAAAGGACCGUGGCUAAAGGAACAUCUAUUGGACCAAAGGAUCCCAAACAUGUACAUAGCAAUGACUGCUUAAAAGGGCUUUCCAGAAGUACACAAGUAUCUCAAGUCAAUUUCACAGCUUAUUGAAUUCAUAUUAUGUUUUCAAAUGUUGAACAUCGCUGAGUCAUUUUGACAUUGUUUAUUUGUGAAAUAUUCACGUCUUCUAUAAACUUACUGUAUGUUCUUAUGUAUAGCUAGCUAUACAGUAUCAUUCAAAUCUGAUUCUAAUGCUCAUUAAGAUUUCAAUGAACCACAGUGUCACAAUAUAAUAAUCACAACCUGGUGAAAAUUAAAUGGCUAUGAUGCAGGAUGGGUAACUUUAUUACACCAUGUGGGUGAAUGUGGAAAAACUCUGAAAGCAACCUGAAAUGCUUUUCAUUGUGCUGUCAGGGGUGACACCAUGUGGUUAUUAUCUGCUACUACAAGUGACCGCAAAACGAUCCAGUGGUCACUACCAUAUGUCUGCAAUCAAAGACACAAGAUUUUGUGUCUUCAUUUUGCGUUUUUCAUUUGGUUUGGCGAAGCACUCCAUUUGGACAACUUUGACAA